AAUCGUGACAAUUUGGUUUGUUUACAUGAUUGUUGGAUUCUAUUGCAAACGACUAUACAUAUUACAUCAUUAAUAAUAUCUAAUAUUUUAGGUCAAGCAGUAAAACCGACAAUAAAAACCAACAAGUCCAACUAACGAAACUGACCCCAGUGGAACAAGUUACCACUAGAAGUAUUACGCCAAACAUUAUCCAAGACAAUAAGUGAGUACCUACUAUGAUCUAACAACUUAUACCUAGCUGAACCUUUAAAAAAAUACAUAAAAUAAAAAUAAAUAUUUUUUUCAGUUCGAUUUAUGACUACACCGCUGAUACCGCUGGACCAAGUUCACUCCAAUUCAAUCAAAACAAUGAAUCAAGUGGACAGUCCAACAAUGAAGUACAACUGAUGAAUCUGACGCCACUGAAGCUUAGUACUGAAAAUAAGAUACCAAAAGAUGAUAAAAUAAUGAACCAGUCCUUUCAUGAUGCCGCUGAACCAAGUAUUUCAGCAUCUCAAAAUGAUGAAUCGGUUGAUUACCACCAGUUAACAAUUGGACCAGAAAAAGAAAAUGAAAAUUAUGAGCCAGUUAAUGGGAGAAGAAUAAUUGAUUUUAACUAUGUACUGUCACAAUUAAAAGAAAAAGCCCACCAUAAUGAUUUAUUUGGCUGCAAGCUUGAGAACUGCAUAUUAAAAGGGGAAAAGCGAGCUGGCUUCCUAUCAACAUUUAUAUUUGAAUGUAAUAUGUGUGGUGUUGUUUUUAAAAUUGAAUCGGAAAAUUCUUCGAAGACUGAAACAGUCGACAUCAAUGUCGCCGCUGCUACUGGAAUUACUGCUACAGGCAUAGGCUUCUCCCAGUUUGAGGAGCUCAUGUCUGCUAUGGAUGUUCCAGUUUUUACAGAAAGGUAUUUUUCUAAAAUCCAAGAUUAUGUCUAUGAAAAAUGGGAAAAAACUGCCGUGGAAUCUAUGGAGGCAGCCGCCAUGCGCGAAAGAGAAGCGGCAAUUGCUGAAGGAAGACUCCAGAAUGGAAUACCGAUAAUAGAUGUAUAUGCUGAUGGUUGUUGGUCCGCUAGAUCAUAUGGAAACAACUAUCGGGCUUUAUCUGGGGCAGCCACUAUCAUCGGUCGAAGAUUUGGAGAAGUGCUGUUCAUGGCAGUCAAAAAUAAAUACUGCCUUAUUUGUGCCAGAGCAGCUAAAAAGGCCGUUGUUCCUAAAGACCACAGCUGCUACAAAAACUAUGAUGGAUCCUCCACAGGGAUGGAGGCUGAAAUAAUUAGUGAAGGUUUCAAAACUUCCCUGGAUAUGUACAAUAUCAUAUACGGACGAUUGAUUGCAGAUGGGGAUUCGGCAACUUACAAAAAAAUUUUAGACUCCAAUCCAUAUGGAAACUAUACAGUGGAAAAGAUUGAGUGCCGAAACCACGUUUUACGUAAUUUUUGUAACAAAAUGCGAGCAACAGCAAAGGAAACAAAAUAUUCAUUGCAGCAUCGGAAAACACUAACAAAUGAACGCAUUAUGGCUAUGCGGAAGGCUAUUAUCAAUUCCAUAAAACAUAAGAAAGAGGAAACAGAUACAAAUUCAAAACAUGAACAAAUUAAUAUCUUACAUAAAGAUAUUUUGAAUUCAUUGGCCCACUCUUACGGUGAUCAUCGACGGUGCAGUGGCUAUAUGUGCAAUAAAGAUAAUGUAAUUGAGAGUUCUACGAUGGCACAAAUAGAAAACUCUACUUUUAUGUUUAGAUUGCGUGCUAUUGUAGCGAAUGUAGCUGCAAAAGCUCGCAGUCUUAUUGAAGAUGUAGACACAAACAGUGUAGAACGCUUUAACAGUGUAGUGGCCAAGUAUGUUGGAGGAAAAAGGGUCAAUUUCACUCAAAGGAGGGGCUACCAAGCAAGAUGUUCCGGUGCUGUAGUAGCCUUCAAUGAACAUCAACCUAUAUCUCGAUUAUAUAAAUCAAUCCUUGGCCGUAGUCCAAGAGGAAAAAUACAAGACAUGGAAAAAAAGAGGUGCCUAAAAAGAAAACUGAACCAAAAAAAAUCAAGAAAGAAGAACAGAAUGUUAAAUAAACAUAAAAAAGUUCAGCACGAUUAUGGAUCUACAUGUGCAGCUCCAGAUAUGACCCCAGAGGAAUAUGAAAAAGCAAAAGCCGAGUACAUGAAAAGUUUUAAAAAUCUUACUGCUGAUAGAGACAGCAUUGAACGACAAACAAUAUUACAGAGAGAGUCGAGCCAGUGGUUGGAAUUGCGAAAAAAUUUGUUAACUGCAUCCAAUUUUGGGCAAAUUUGCAAAAGAAAAGUAAAUACAAGCACUGCAAAUCUAGUAAAAAAUUUACUAUAUAAGAAAAAUAUUUCCCACAUAACAUCGAUUGCACAUGGGGUGGAGCACGAGAUGGUGGCGUUGCAACAAUUAUCAAAACAACUAGAUGUGCAUAUUGAGCCGUGUGGACUAUUUAUAGACCGAGAACACGCAUUCAUCGGAGCCACACCGGAUGGGUUAAUAGGUGAUGAUACCAUUGUCGAGGUUAAAUGCCCACUUGUAGCUGUCAAAACAGGAAUAGAUGUUGCAGUGAAGGAGAAAAAAAUACAGCUGUUCAGAUUUAAUAAAGUUACAGGUACUACUGAAAUUAACAAAACAUCGAACUGGUUUUACCAAGUCCAAGGACAACUCCACGUUACUGGAAGGCAACAAUGCAUAUUUGGCAUUUGGGCAGGAGAGAAUAUACCGUUGAAAGUGGAAUACAUUAAAAAAGAUGAUGAGUUUUGGAAGUUGAAAAUGGAGCCAAAAUUGAUUUUGUUUUAUGAGAAAUGCUUACUGCCGGAAUUAAUAGAUCCACGACACAUGCGUGGUAUGCCCAUAAGAGACAUUCAACUUUCCGCAGAAAACAAAGAAAAUGAUGUACCAUCAAAUAACCCCUCCACUUCAUCUGGUAUAUCAAACAACCCAUCCACUUCAUCUGGUAUAUCAAACAACCCAUCCACUUCAUCUGGUAUAUCCAGGCGACUCGAUUUCACGGAGUUUUAGUAAAUGAUCCGAAUCACCCAAUUUAUAUUACCUACUACUCACCGUAAAUAAUUUGUAUUAGUCUUACUUAUAAGCCACUGUACCAAUGUAAUAUGUAAACCUACCUAAUAUUUUAACUCUAUACUGAUUUUGAUGAUCUAAAAAUGAUAAUUACUGAUUUUGUAUUUAAGGUAAUAAAAACAUAUUUUUACAUAUAAUUUUUUUGUAUUUUCAAUCUCCUGUACUGUAUCCUUUAAAUUUAGCGAUGUCAUAACCUCGCAAAUGAUAAAACUCGGUUGAUAUAACACAGCUUUUUUAAUAUAACGUCAUAAAAUACUAUAUAUAAAACUUUUUUUUCGAUCUCCCCUACAAAAUUUUAUACCUACUGUGGAAUUUUGUAUGCGAGAUCGAAAAAAAAGUUUUAUAUAUAGUAUUUUAUGACGUUACAUUAAAAAAGCUGUGUUAAUAUUAAAAAUGUACGUAAUGGGUACUUCAUCGGUACUUCCAAUAAAUAAAUAAAUUUCGUAAAAAAAUGUUUGUGGUUGAUAAAACACAGCUUUUUUAAUAUACCGACAUAAAAUACUAUAUAUAAAACUUUUUUUUCGAUCUCCUAUACAAAAUUUUAUACCUACUGUGGAAUUUUGUAUGCGAGAUCGAAAAAAAAGUUUUAUAUAUAGUAUUUUAUGUCGGUAUAUUAAAAAAGCUGUGUUUUAUCAACCACAAACAUUUUUUACGAAAUUUAUUUAUUUAUUGGAAGUACCGAUGAAGUACCCAUUACGUAGAUUUAAAUGAUGCGUAAAUAAAAAUAAAAAUAGAUGGGAAGAUGCUGGAAAGCAUGACGUUGAUUUUUGCAGUAAAUAAAUUGAGAAGUUGGGCAUACCUUCUUAACCUACUGAGAUGCUUACAUACCUACUACUGUGCUUAUGGUUUUCCAUACAAGUAGGUAUAUUAUUUUAUAAACCUCUCUAAUAAAAUAACUAGUAAUAAUAUUUAAAAAAAGAAUUUUGAAAAAGCAACAUUAUGUAAUAAAGCUUAUGAAGUAAAUCUAUUGCUUAAUUAUAAUAGAAUAUAGGUAUUUGCUUUACUAUACUUUAGAAUAACCGUUUAUUAUAAUUAAGCAAUAGAUUUAAAAAAAUACUAUUUUGAAAAAAAAAAUAGUUUAAUGUUGUGUUUCAUUAUCUCUCUGUAUGGUUAAUUACUCUGUGCUAAAUACAACUCUUGAGAGUUGCGACUGCGACGUAACGAAAAGCGCGCGAAGCAUUUUCAUUGGGCAUAGGGCGUGGCCUGUGCGGGGCUUCCUCACCCCCUGGAUAGAAUUCGCACUCGGAACAUAGAGCGUCU